CGAUUAUUAUAAUUCAAAGUGAUUGAACGCUGGAAAACUGUAGAUUUGGAAUAAAUACAAAUUUUGGAUAGUAUAUAUAUGUGUGUGUGUUAGUUACUUUAUGUACUACGAAAUUUACACAAGAAGAUCUUGUGUACAUUGUUAAAAAAUCGUUAAAAAUCGUUUUUCUUCGGAUAAACAAUGGAUGCAAAUUUUGGAGAACGGUCACAUGACCCAGACGUUAUUGAAAAACUGAAACAAUUUCAUGAUGCAGCGACGAAAAUCGAAGAUAAAGUUAAACAUGCUACUGAUCCAACAGUAUAUGAAAAACUCUCCAAUACAGAUAAAAUAGAGUAUAAUUUGUUGAUGUCUUAUUGUCUAAAUAGUGUAUUUUGGAUGUAUCUGCGUUCAGAAGGAAUUGAUCCAUCGAAACACCGAAUAAAGCAAGAAAAUGAUCGUUUAAAGAAGUCCAUGGCACGUGCGAAGCAAAUUAAUGAUAAGAAAACAAUUAUGCCUCACAUAAAUAAAGAUGCAGCACAAAGGUUUGUUAGACAUGGACUGUGGGAAUUGAAGAACAAAAAGAAAUGAUAUAAAAA